AUGCGGCAGCUGGCGGAGGCGGCGGCGGAGGCGCUGGGCGACGACGACCCGGAGGUGCGGCCCGCGCUCUUCCAGGGCGACAUGGCCAUCACCAACGAGAUGUAUGAAUAUUGGCGCGUUGGUCUGCGUUGGGAUGUAUUUCCUGAGAAGCUUUGGGAUAACGCUACGGUGCCGUAUGUUAUUAGCCCUCUUUAUGAUCCUGCGGACUACGCCACCAUCUUUCAAGCAAUCACAACAUUAAAGUUUAUGACCUGCAUUCGCUUUGUCCCCUGGGAUGGGAAAGCGAAAGACUUCCUCCUAAUUUGGCCUAUCAAAAAGCCGGCAGGGUGCUGGUCAUUCGUCGGCAAGUUCGGCGGUCCCCAGCUGCUCUCCCUGCAGCCCCCGGACGAGCGCGGCCCCAACUGCUUGGGUGGCGAGGGCCGCGCCAUCCACGAGAUCCUCCACGCGCUCGGCAUCUUCCACGAGCAGUCCCGCGCCGACCGCGACGAGUUUGUCGACGUGCUCUACGAAAAUGUGCUCCCAGGUUUGGAGGUAAAUUUUGACAAGCAGAGUCUGGAAAAUACGACCUAUUCAUUUGAAUAUGACUACGACAGCAUCAUGCAUUAUGGAAAAUACUACUUCAGUAAAGAAAAAGGCAAGCCCACUAUUGUACCUAAGAAGAAAGAUGCCAAGUUGGGCCAAAGAUGGUCAAUGAGCACAACGGACUGCUUGAAAAUUAAUGAUCUCUACGGCUGCUUGGACAAAUCUUCGUAUCAUCAACGAAGAUUCUAUACGCUCUGCCGAAUCAUGGGCGCUUGAUCUCAGACUAAACUUUGCCGUUAUUAUAAUGUCGAGAUGAGAAAGGAAAGUUAUUUAAACAAAUUCUGAAGAUUAUGUCAGUCCCAUUUCUAUAAGGCAGUCAGAAGAAUAUACGUAUAAGAACAAAGAUGGCAAGAAGUACAAUUAAUAAAUGUAAUUGUUUUUUAAUGUCAUGAUGAUAUUUGAAAAUAUUAUGAAUACAUGUUAAGUGCAGUUGAUUUUCAACGUUAAUAAAUG